ACUGUUUACUGUCACAGCGACAUGCAUUUCGGAACGAAAUACCUAUCCAAAGUGCGAAAUAGUGCGAUUUUAUAUAAACUCAUUUCCAAAAUAAAUUAAUUGACUACAUAAGCAUUAUUUUGAAAGGAAAUUUGUUUUAUUAAUUCCUUCAUAUUGUCUGCGAAUAUGGCAGCAGUUAUUCCAGCUAUAACAAAGCUAUCAAAUAGGAUAAUAAGAGUACUCGGCUGUAAUCCAGGACAAAUGACGCUGCAAGGCACAAACACAUAUUUAGUUGGAACCGGAAGAAAUCGAAUAUUAAUUGAUGCUGGUGAUAAAGACGUACCAGAAUAUCAGAAACACCUCUCAGAUGUAGUACAAUCAGAGAAUGUUAAUAUUGAGCAUAUUCUUAUCACACAUUGGCACCAUGAUCAUAUUGGUGGAGUUGAGAACCUUUACGGCACUAUAGCAAAGCAGCCUACAAUAUGGAAACAUAAAAGAAGCCCUGAGGACGAAUCUGAUGUAGAACUUCCAUCACCUAUACAAACUAGUUGGCUGUCAGAUGGGCAAGAAAUCAAGGUGGAAGGAGCCACGCUCAAGGUCCAUCACACACCAGGCCAUACAACAGACCAUGUGGUCCUCACUUUAUUAGAAGAAAACAUACUGUUUAGUGGAGAUUGCAUACUAGGAGAAGGCACAGCUGUAUUUGAAGAUUUGUACACUUACAUGAAGAGCUUAAACAAAAUACUGGAGUUAAAACCCAGUUUUAUUUACCCUGGACAUGGCAAUAUAGUUGAGGAUCCCAUACCAAAAAUAAAGUACUACAUCGCACACAGAAAUCAAAGAGAACAGCAGAUAUUAGAAGUAUUGAAAAACAAUGUAGGAAAAGCAUUCAACGAAAUGGAUUUAGUGAAAAUUAUAUAUGUCGAAACACCAGAAGCCCUGUGGCCUGCGGCUGCGUUUAACGUCAAUCACCACUUAAGCAAACUAACAAAAGAACGUAAAGUGAAAUGUGUCAAUAUUGAAGGAGGGAAUAAAUGGCAAUAUGCAUCGGAAUCUACUAAUUGCAAUUUGUAAAUUUACUGACGUAUAUGGGUGGUUGGGUUGGUUAUUUACAGUUUACUCAGUAUAAUAAUAAUAAUAUCAGCUCUGUAUUAUAUACUGUCCCACUGUUGGGCACCGGCCUACUCUACUACUGAGAUGGAUUACUUAGUAUACUGUAUAUAGAUAUUUUAAAUUAUAAUAAACCAAUGAGAUUGGCGUGCCGAUGAAUUUUCCGUUUAAUUUACACGACAUGAGAGCUAGUGUGUCCAUAGCCCUCUCAGCUUAGCGUCUCAUGUAUAAACAACAGAUUUUGAUACAUAUUUGAUAAAGCUCAAAUGAGUUAAUUAUGUAAAUAGAUAUUAUAUAAAUAUGACUGAAUAAUUAAUUUAUUGUAUAUAAACCAACAACUUAUAUUUUAGCUCAUUUAGCUGUUAAAGAGUAUAUCAUAUUUUGAUACUCAUUAAAUGUUUUCUCUAUU